UUUCGCAAAAAUGAUGAAAUGAAGGCUAUGGAAGUAUUGCCAAUUUUAAAGGAAAAAGUUGCAUACCUUUCAGGUGGCAGAGAUAAGCGUGGAGGUCCCAUUCUAACAUUUCCGGCUCGUAGUAAUCAUGAUAGAAUACGGCAAGAAGAUCUUAGAAGACUAAUUUCUUACCUAGCAUGUAUUCCUAGUGAGGAAGUAUGUAAACGAGGAUUCACCGUCAUUGUAGAUAUGCGUGGGUCAAAAUGGGACUCUAUAAAACCUCUGCUGAAGAUUUUACAGGAAUCCUUUCCAUGUUGUAUUCAUGUUGCACUGAUAAUCAAGCCAGACAAUUUCUGGCAGAAACAGAGGACUAACUUUGGCAGCUCGAAGUUUGAGUUUGAGACAAAUAUGGUGUCUCUGGAAGGCCUUACCAAAGUAGUUGAUCCUUCUCAGCUAACCCCAGAAUUUGAUGGCUGCUUGGAGUACAACCAUGAGGAAUGGAUAGAAAUCAGAGUUGCCUUUGAGGACUACAUUAGCAAUGCAACCCAUAUGCUGUCCAGACUGGAGGAACUGCAAGAUAUAUUGUCGAAAAAGGAAAUGCCUCAGGACCUGGAAGGUGCUCGCAAUAUGAUAGAGGAGCAUUCACAAUUAAAAAAGAAAGUCAUUAAGGCCCCUAUUGAGGACCUUGAUGUGGAAGGCCAAAAACUGCUCCAGAGGAUACAGAGCAGUGAUAGCUUUCCCAAAAAGAACUCUGGGUCAGGGAAUGCAGACUUGCAGAACCUUUUGCCCAAAGUAUCCACCAUGCUGGACAGGCUGCACUCAACACGGCAGCAUCUGCAUCAGAUGUGGCAUGUGCGGAAGUUGAAAUUGGACCAAUGUUUUCAGCUCAGGCUGUUUGAGCAGGAUGCUGAAAAGAUGUUUGACUGGAUCACACACAACAAAGGUCUGUUUCUGAACAGCUACACAGAGAUCGGAACCAGUCACCCCCACGCGAUGGAGCUUCAGACACAGCACAAUCACUUUGCCAUGAACUGUAUGAAUGUGUAUGUAAACAUAAACCGCAUCAUGUCAGUAGCAAAUCGUCUGGUCGAGUCUGGCCAUUACGCUUCACAGCAAAUAAAACAGAUUGCCAGUCAGUUGGAGCAAGAAUGGAAGGCUUUUGCUGCAGCCUUGGAUGAACGUAGCACGUUACUGGAUAUGUCCUCCAUCUUCCAUCAGAAAGCUGAACAGUACAUGAGCAAUGUGGACUCAUGGUGUAAAGCCUGUGGUGAGGUGGAGCUUCCCUCAGAACUGCAAGAUUUAGAAGAUGCUAUCCAUCAUCAUCAAGGGAUAUAUGAGCAUAUUACCUUGGCUUACUCUGAGGUGAGCCAAGAUGGAAAGUCACUGCUUGACAAACUUCAGAGACCUUUGACUCCUGGGAGUUCUGAUUCCCUCACCGCUUCUGCCAACUACUCAAAAGCAGUUCAUCAUGUUCUGGAUGUCAUCCAUGAAGUACUGCACCACCAGCGCCAGCUGGAAAAUAUUUGGCAGCAUCGAAAGGUCCGCUUGCACCAGCGGCUUCAACUGUGCGUUUUUCAACAGGAUGUUCAACAGGUGUUGGAUUGGAUUGAAAACCAUGGAGAAGCUUUUCUUAGCAAACAUACUGGAGUGGGAAAAUCCUUGCAUCGGGCUAGAGCUUUGCAGAAACGCCAUGAAGACUUUGAAGAGGUUGCGCAGAACACAUACACCAAUGCAGAUAAGCUCCUAGAAGCAGCUGAACAGCUCGCUCAGACUGGGGAGUGUGACCCAGAGGAGAUUUAUCAAGCUGCCCAUCAGCUCGAAGACAGGAUACAGGAUUUUGUUAGACGUGUGGAGCAACGCAAGAUCUUGCUGGACAUGUCUGUGUCCUUUCACACUCACGUUAAAGAGCUGUGGACAUGGCUUGAAGAGCUACAGAAAGAACUGCUUGAUGAUGUUUAUGCUGAAUCUGUGGAGGCUGUCCAAGACCUGAUUAAACGUUUUGGUCAGCAACAACAGACCACUCUGCAGGUUACAGUCAAUGUCAUAAAAGAAGGUGAAGAUCUUAUACAGCAACUAAGGGAUUCUGCCAUUUCUAGUAACAAGACGCCCCAUAACAGCUCGAUCAACCACAUAGAGACAGUCCUGCAACAGCUGGAUGAGGCCCAGUCUCAGAUGGAGGAGCUUUUUCAAGAACGCAAGAUCAAGCUUGAGCUGUUUCUGCAGCUCCGCAUAUUUGAAAGAGAUGCAAUAGAUAUAAUUUCAGACCUUGAGUCUUGGAAUGAUGAGCUCUCUCAGCAGAUGAAUGACUUUGACACUGAAGAUCUUACAAUAGCAGAACAGAGGCUCCAGCAUCAUGCGGACAAAGCCCUGACCAUGAAUAACUUGACCUUUGAUGUCAUCCACCAAGGGCAGGAUCUGCUGCAGUAUGUCAAUGAAGUGCAGGCAUCUGGUGUUGAGCUGCUUUGUGACAGAGAUGUAGACAUGGCAACUCGUGUCCAGGAUCUGCUGGAGUUCCUCCACGAGAAGCAGCAGGAGCUGGACGUGGCCGCCGAGCAGCACCGCAAGCACUUGGAGCAGUGCGUGCAGCUGCGCCACCUGCAAGCCGAAGUCAAGCAGGUUUUGGGCUGGAUCCGAAAUGGAGAGUCAAUGUUAAAUGCUGGGCUUAUCACUGCUAGCUCUUUGCAGGAGGCAGAACAGUUACAGAGGGAGCAUGAGCAGUUUCAACAUGCAAUAGAGAAAACGCAUCAAAGUGCCCUGCAGGUAGCAAUGCUGCAGGCUAAUCACUAUGAUAUGGAUAUGAUCCGUGAGUGUGCAGAGAAGGUUGCUUCCCAUUGGCAACAACUGAUGCUGAAGAUGGAGGACCGUCUCAAGCUUGUGAAUGCCUCUGUUGCCUUCUAUAAAACUUCUGAACAGGUGUGCAGUGUGCUGGAAAGCCUGGAGCAAGAAUAUAAGCGAGAAGAAGACUGGUGUGGGGGAGCAGACAAACUGGGUCCCAACUCUGAAACAGAUCAUGUUACUCCCAUGAUAAGCAAACACCUGGAACAGAAGGAGGCAUUCCUAAAGGCUUGCACACUGGCUCGGAGGAAUGCUGAUGUCUUCCUGAAAUAUCUGCACAGGAACAGUGUAAAUAUGCCAGGGAUGGUGACACACAUCAAAGCACCUGAACAACAGGUCAAAAAUAUCUUGAAUGAACUCUUCCAGAGGGAGAACCGUGUGCUGCAUUAUUGGACCAUGCGUAAAAGACGUCUUGACCAAUGCCAACAGUAUGUGGUGUUUGAAAGAAGUGCCAAACAGGCUCUGGAAUGGAUUCAUGACAAUGGAGAGUUUUAUUUAUCCACACAUACUUCCACUGGCUCCAGUAUCCAGCACACUCAAGAGUUGUUAAAAGAACAUGAAGAAUUUCAGAUCACAGCAAAGCAAACCAAAGAGAGGGUGAAGUUGUUGAUACAGCUGGCUGAUGGCUUUUGUGAAAAAGGGCAUGCUCAUGCAACAGAGAUUAAAAAAUGUGUCACAGCAGUGGAUAAGAGGUACAGAGACUUUUCCCUGCGCAUGGAGAAAUACAGGACCUCUUUAGAGAAAGCUCUGGGUAUUUCCUCUGAUUCCAAUAAAUCGAGCAAAAGCUUGCAGCUGGAUAUAAUCCCAGCCAGUGUCCCUGGGUCAGAGGUGAAACUGCGCGAUGCUGCUCAUGAGCUUAACGAAGAAAAACGGAAGUCUGCCCGCAGGAAAGAGUUCAUUAUGGCUGAGCUAAUUCAGACAGAAAAGGCUUACGUAAGAGACCUCCGGGAAUGCAUGGAUACAUAUCUAUGGGAAAUGACAAGCGGAGUUGAGGAGAUCCCACCUGGCAUUGUAAACAAAGAACACAUUAUCUUUGGAAACAUGCAGGAAAUCUAUGAGUUCCACAAUAAUAUAUUCCUCAAGGAGCUGGAAAAAUAUGAACAGUUACCAGAAGAUGUUGGACACUGCUUCGUUACUUGGGCAGACAAAUUCCAAAUGUACGUUACUUACUGUAAAAAUAAGCCAGAUUCUACCCAGCUGAUACUGGAACAUGCAGGAGCAUACUUUGAUGAGAUACAACAACGACAUGGACUGGCCAACUCUAUCUCCUCUUACCUUAUCAAACCUGUCCAAAGGAUAACAAAAUACCAGCUUCUUUUAAAGGAGCUGCUCACGUGCUGUGAAGAAGGUAAAGGUGAGAUUAAGGACGGCCUGGAGGUAAUGCUUAGUGUGCCAAAGCGAGCCAAUGAUGCCAUGCACCUCAGCAUGCUGGAAGGCUUUGAUGAAAAUAUAGAAUCUCAGGGAGAGCUCAUCCUUCAAGAAUCCUUCCAAGUGUGGGACCCAAAAACUCUAAUUCGAAAGGGAAGAGAGAGGCACCUUUUCCUUUUUGAGAUGUCCUUGGUUUUCAGUAAAGAAGUAAAGGACUCCAGUGGAAGGAGCAAGUACAUUUACAAGAGUAAACUGUUUACUUCUGAACUGGGUGUCACAGAACAUGUAGAAGGAGAUCCUUGCAAGUUUGCUCUAUGGGUUGGAAGGACACCAACUUCAGACAACAAAAUUGUUCUCAAGGCGUCCAGUAUAGAGAAUAAACAGGACUGGAUCAAACACAUCCGGGAAGUGAUACAAGAAAGGACCAUUCAUCUGAAAGGAGCAUUGAAAGAGCCGAUCCACAUCCCCAAAACCGCACCAACAACAAAACAGAAAGGAAGAAGAGACGGCGAGGACCUGGACAGUCAGGGAGAUGGUAGCAGCCAACCUGAUACUAUUUCGAUUGCCUCACGAACCUCACAGAACACGCUAGACAGCGAUAAGUUGUCUGGUGGGUGCGAGCUGACGGUGGUAAUCCAUGACUUCACCGCCUGCAACAGUAAUGAGCUGACAAUCCGCCGUGGGCAGACCGUGGAGGUCCUGGAGAGGCCCCAUGACAAGCCCGACUGGUGUCUGGUUCGAACCACAGAUCGGUCCCCCGCUGCAGAAGGCCUGGUCCCCUGCGGGUCCCUCUGCAUCGCUCACUCUCGCAGUAGUAUGGAGAUGGAGGGGAUUUUUAACCACAAAG